CUGCUGGAAGGCCGUGAUUGGCAAUACCAGUAAACUGUGUGAGGACAGGCUGACAGAGUGAGACAUCUCUGGUCCUAGUGUGGCCUAGACCGCGACCACAGCUGAGGACACUGCAGUUCAUAGAUAUACAACGUCGGUGAUAGUGUCAAUGAACUGCCGUUAGCGUCUUUCUCGUUGUAUCUCGUUGCUAGUAGGGAAGUGGCAUCUUCUGUAUAUGGAUUAUGUACUGGUUAGUGGUGAUUUAAGUGGAUUUCACUAGACUUGAAAGAGGUCGAGCAUACUAACAAACGCAAGUAGUCGGAUCAGUUUAAGCAGUAGGGCUACCCUUCUAUCUUCGCUUGGGAAGGACAACGGCACUCGUCGUUCAAAGAAAAUGGUUGUGUGCAGAGUGGCGCUCCUUGAUGGCACGACUUUCGAGCCAAAGGGCAUUGAUAAGAACUCGGAAGGUCAGCAGGUGUUUGACAUGGUAGCCAAGCACCUUGACGUCAUAGAGACGGACUACUUUGGUCUCACCUUCCGGGACAAAACAGGCAAAAAGUAUUGGCUGGACAACACUAAAAAGAUCUCAAAACAACUCAAAGGCGGUACCUGGGUUUUCGAGUUCCAAGUGAAGUUUUACCCCCCAGACCCGAUGUCUCUGAAGGAGGACAUCACACGCUACCAGCUGUGCCUGCAAGUCAGGGUCGACAUCUUCAACGGCAGGCUUCCAUGUUCAUUUGCGACGUAUGCUUUGCUGGGUUCAUACACAGUACAGGCCGAGCUUGGGGACUGGGACCAGAAAGAUUAUGGAAGAAGUACUGAUUACCUGAACGACUUUGACUUUGCUCCUAACCAGAACCAGGAACUGCUGGAUAAAAUUCAGGAACUUCACAUUGACCACAAAGGUCAAACACCAACAGUAGCAGAGGCCCACUUCCUAGAAAAUGCCAAGAAACUGGCCCUGUACGGUGUGGACAUGCAUGAUGUCAAGGAUUCCACGAACAAGCGUUUGUCCCUUGGCAUCUGUGCAACUGGUGUCCUUGUGUACAGAGAUCGACUUCGUAUCGACCGAUUUGUCUGGCCCAAGAUUCUCAAACUCUCGUAUAAACGCAACACAUUCUACAUCAAACUCAGGCCCAGUGAGUUUGACCCUCAUGAGAAAACCGUCAGCUUUCUCUGUGACAACCACAAGCUUGCUAAGCGGCUCUGGAAAACUUGUGUGGAGCAUCAUGCCUUCUUCCGAUUAAAAACUUCUGAAGCCCCGAACGCCGACACAAUGUUCCCACGAUUCAACACGCGAUUCCGUUACUCAGGUAGGACAGCAUUGCAAGCUCGUAAGGCAGCGGAAAUGCAGGACAGGGAUGAACCGCACAUUGCGAGAACCGCGGAGAGACGCUCCACUGGCGGGAAGAAGGACCCGGAAGGAGAUCAAUUACAGAAGCGACCUGAAGAUUCAGGGGACAUGUAUGAUAAAAAACAUGGUGACCCUGACGCAACCUUGGAACGGGACAGAAACCUUGCUGGCCUCGAUCAGGAUGGCAAAAGGAUCCGCUCCCCGGAGGAGGAGGCUAGGCUGAAGCAGGACUACAUGAGACUUCUGCAGGAGACACCUUCCAUACACAUUACGUCACGUUACCCCGAGUCACGUCGACAGAUUGAGCACGAUCCACGAUUCAAGGCCGUCGGGGAUGAAGGUCUCAGAGAAAAGUGGUUCAAUGAAUAUGUUGAGUCAAAGCAGGACUACAUGAGACUACUGCAGGAGACGCCUUCCAUCCAUAGUCAGUCACGCUACCCCGAGUCACGUCGACAGAUUGAGCACGAUCCCCGAUUCCAGGCCGUCGGGGAUGAAGGCCUCAGAGAAAAGUGGUUCGAUGAAUAUGUUGAAGCACAGAAAAAGGCAGACUUUAUGCAGCUAUUACGAGACACCCCAUGGGCCAACAGUCAGUCGUCAUGGCCUGAGACACGGGAAGAAAUUGAGCACGAUCCCCGCUUCCAGGCCGUCGGGGACGAAGGGCUUCGUGAGAAAUGGUUCAACGAGUUUAAACAGGAUAUGAAAAAUCAUAAGGACGAGGAUAAGCGUCGUAAAAAGGAGGAUGAGAGACGGAGGAAGGAAAAGGAGAAGGAAAGGAAACGACUGGAAAAGGAGAAAAAGAAGGGGAAGGGAGCGCCAGAUGCAUCUUAUGAAGAACAGAAAUCGCCCGAGAAAGAGAAAGUGACCACUCCGGAAAAGGAGAAACGUUUCAGUGGCGGGCUUUUCGGGAUUCUGGGUCGUAAAUCUCAGAAGGAGAAAUCUGAAGAGCCCAAGCCCCAUCGGGCUUAUGAGGGGGAGGAGGAAGGGGCUGAAGAACAGAAACCAAAGCCAGUUCCUACCUGGGCUUUGCCAGGUAUGAAGGAAAUGAUGGAAAAGAAAGCUUCGUCCGAUCAGAAAGAGGAAGAGGAAGUUGAGCCCAGACUGAGUGUCCCGGAGAUAAAAGUAGAGGAAUGUGGGGACAAUCUCGACCCUGACGCUCAGGAAUAUGAAACCGACUACAUACACAAUUCCAUAGAAGACACUGCUGAAUUUGAACACAUUGAAAAGGAAAUCCAGUCCAGCUCUUGCUUUGAAAACCAGUCUGAAACAGUGGCAGAAUACCAGUCCACAGCUGUGGAACAGUCGAAGGGAGAUAUUUUAACACAAGCUGGUGUCUACUUUCCAGAACAGUGCAAGGAAGAAUUUACGCAGUUGCUACGGGAAACAGAUGACAUAACGAGUACAACACAAUUUGACGAUGUGCGCAUACAGAUUGCCAACGACCCACGCUACAUUAAUGUACCCAGUGAAGAGAAACGGCAGCAGUGGUUCGAUGAAUAUGUACAAGACUUGAUCAAGUCUGACUUCAUGCGCCUUUUGAGGGAGACACCUGCCAUUUACAGCCAGUCUACAUGGCCAGAGGCUCGAGUGGAGAUUGACCGAGACCCACGGUUUGAUGCUGUACCCAACGAGGAACUACGGGAGAAAUGGUUCGAUGAAUACAUUCAAGGACUAUUGAAAUCUGACUACAUGCAGCUGUUGAAGGAUACACCAGCAGUGGACAGCCAAUCCCGGUUUGAGGAGGUGCGAGAUUACAUUGCGUACGACCCCCGCUACCAGGCCGUCCCCACAGAUGAACUGCGCAGGGAUUGGUUCAAUGAAUUUGUGCAGAACUUGAAAAAGGACGAGUUUCUGCAGUUGUUGGAAGACACGCCAUCUAUCACGAGUUAUUCACGCUACCCUGACGUGAAAGAGGAUAUCGCACAUGAUCCACGCUUCCAGAAUGUUGACACUGAGGAACAACGUGAGCAGUACUUCAGUGAAUAUACCACCGCCCUUAAAAAGGCUGGCUACAUGCAGUUGUUACGAGACACACCAGAUAUCAGCUACACGACAACAUGGCAACAGGCCAGGCCUUUCAUCGAGACUGAUCCACGCUACCACGCUGUAGACUCAGAUCUCCAGAGGCUAAAGUGGUUAAAUGAACACAAAAACAAUCUCGCUGGCCGUGGUUAUGCAGGAAUGGACUUUAGUUUGAGGGCUGGGGGUUAUAAGUCCAUCGACAGGAAGCAGGAGUUCUUGCCCCUUAAUGAGCCUGAAGUGGCUACGAAGAAACCGAUGCCUUUCUUCCAAAGUACCGCAGAAACAGAUGUAGAUGCUUUCGGACGGAAGAAAGUGCCCCCACCGGUUGCCAAGAAACCCCGAGCACUGAGUGGUUACGAUUCUGAGGAAGAUCGCCUUAUGAACAUGAACAAUGGCGUGCCCGUUACUGUGGCAACGGAAACAUUCAAGUACAACCCGGAUAUUAACGAUGUGCCACGCUCCACGUCAAAAAUUCCCAUCGUGGAGACGAAGACGCACAAGGUAACCUACGAGAAGGACGGCGUGCCUUACGAAACUGAAGAGAGCAUUCUCGUCAGUGCUCAUUCCAUAACGACAAAAACACAGACUAUUGAUACUACCACAUACAAAACAGAGCGUGACGGUGUCGUGGAGACACGGGUGGAGAGGAAGAUCACCGUGACAACAGACGAGGAUGAUGGCAUCGACCAUGAUGCUUUGUUGAGGGCAGCCAUAGAAGAAGUAACCAACAUGAACCCUGACAUGUCAGUAGAGAAGAUAGAAUGUAUGCGGCAAAUAGAGGAGAAAAGUGAAAGUGUUGUAUAGUUGUAUCAAUUAAACUAGUGAAUAUGAAGAUGCAAUAGCGAGCCAUACACAUGUGCUUAUGUUAUUUGAACACACACAAUACCUGACUGUUGUGCAGAAGUCACAAUCUACCACUGAGUGCCUGAGAAUACCUUGGUCUCACGCGACCUGUGACAUCAUCAAAGACAUCCUUAGAAAGACUUGAUGACAUCAUCAGUGACAUCUUAGUUCUGGUGUAAUGAAAUCAUCACUGUCAUCCUAGUUCUGAUUGGAUGACAUCAUAUAUGACAUCAUUGUUCUGGUGUGAUGACAUCAUCAAUGAGCAUAGUUCUGUAUUGAAAUUUUAGAUUAUCGUUGAAUUUGAACUGAUCAACUUUUCAUGCUUUUGUUUCAUUACUAAACGAUUAUUUCGACAUACAUUAGCAUAAUAUUUCUAACCAUUUAAAAAUCCAUCACAAUCAUGUUUUACAAAAAUACACAAUUUUCUGUCAUUGUAUGCUGUCAGAUAAGGCCCUUUCAUUUUCUUACAAUCAUAUAUAUAUAUAUAUAUAUCAAUAACUCAAUUAAUUUAGUAUUCUUGGUUUUGCGGUCAGGUUGUCAAAUUUAAUGUAUAAUUAGGAUUAUUUUCACAUGCUUAUAGAUUAAGAUAAUGUAUACAAAUAUAAAUACACUGUGUAACGCAUAGUUGUUGUUCAUUUUACAGUCAGUGGUGUCUACAUUAUUGACCGAAUUGGUUGUGAAUUGCUGUAACCAGUUUUUGUAUUGCUUUUUUUGCACGGAACCCUUCCUUCCAUUCUAUCUGCAUAUUGCAAUAGCUGGCUCAGUUCAAUCCAUUGUAAUUCAUUGCAACAUUUUGCACAAUGUUGGCUGAAGUUGCCGAGUUAUAGGAAGUUUGUUAUGAAGAUAUAACAAGUUGCAGUUUGUCGAAGGUGAUUGCAAGUGGAGAUUGAAUGGCAUAAGCUUAUAAAGGUAUAGGUAAUAUUCAAUAUUAUGCUUUUUAGGUUUUUAUUUCAUAUUUCUCUGAGAAAUUAAACUGCUUUUUUAUUUUUUGUUUUUAAAUUUGAUUUUAUAGAGUUUUAACGUUUUACAUAAACCAUGUCCGUAGCUUCGGUGUAUUUUGCAUAAAACAUAUAUUAAAGUGCUGCUGCUAUACAGAAGUCCAAACAUGUUUUUAUGUAUUAAACUGAUUAUUUGUUGGAUUACGUAACGUUAUACUCUAAUUUGAUAUCACUAUUUAGAAAAUAUACAUCUUUGAAAUAUAUGAAUAUAUAUUAAAUUUACAUCUUUAUUUAAUCCAAGAGAACCAUUCUAAUUAAAGCAUUAUUAUUGGACUAUUUUGUAAUGGUAUACUAUUAUAAUGUUGAUUUCAUAUUUCACAUACUUCCUCAUGUUGGAUAAAAUACUUACAAUAGACCCUUAAUUAUAAUUAUUUAUUUGUACAGUUCACCUUUUUUCGGUUUCAAGCUACAAGUGUGUAUACCCACCUAUAUGUAGAGAUAGUCGACAGAUAUCUAAUAAUGGUAAAAAGCUAAUCCUUUCUUGUUUAUUUGCUCACUUGUGUAAUUUUUGUAGUAGAUUUGAUUAGCUUCUUAGUAAAGAGCAUGGUGCAGGUUUCAUUCAAUGUCGAGGAAAUAACUUGGAAACUGAUACUUCAAAAAUACCAUAAAAUAAUAAAAGAACUUUGGCAUAUUUCAAAUCUGUCAAUAUAAUCACAGAAAUUUUUCAACAAUCAUAAAAUAUUAGAUGUAUCCUAAAUGUUUAAUGUUCCUUUAAAGCCAUGUUCCUGUCGUAAUUCCUUGAACAGACUAUAGCACCUAGUUCUUCACAGUAAAUAGUUUAGGCUUGGAAGAGAGACAUGUUUAGUCCGGUUGUUGCUAAUAUGUUUGUUCUUUAUAUUGAAUUAAUCCUUGCAAAGGAUUCGUAAUUGUUGUUCCUAUAAACCUGUAUAAUAUUAUCAGGAAAAGAAAGGUUGAUGUCCGGGGACAAGAAGUUGUAAAAAGAAUUUGCAGUGUUUCUAGCAUAGAUCACAUCGCUCUUCUUGUCUUUGUAAACCAUCCAUUUUUCUGUGCAAAUAAUGUUGACAAUAUUUCAUGAUAUAAUGUAUGUUAUUUUGAAUUAUAAAUUCUUUCAUGCUUAGAAUGCAUAGCUAUAAUUUUAAUAAAAUAUUGAACUGUAAA